AUGACGUCCCUCGACCAGCUGAGGACGCGGCAGCGUGGGGACUACAGGUACUUCCUCGACUAUAGGACGAGAUGGAAUGACAACGACAUGUACCAUCACGUGAACAACUCGGUCUACAACUUCCUAAUCGACUCCAUCGUCAACGACUACUUGCUAAAGUUCUGUGGCCUUGAUCCAUCAAAGUCGGAACAGCACCCACUGGCGGCCCACCUGCACACAGACUUCUUUGCCUCCCUUGCUUACCCAGCCGUCGCCGAGCUGGCCCUCCGCGUCAACAAGCUUGGGAAGUCGAGCGUGACCUAUGAGGUAGGCGUCUUCGAGAAGGGGGUGGACGCCGUCAAGGCCGUCGGCGAGUUUGUCCACGUCUUCGUCGAGCGAGCCACAGCCAGGCCGGCCAAGACAGGCAUGAAUGACCAACUUAGGGAGGGCCUGCAGAAGAUCUACGUUGGGGUCGAAUCAAGCAAGCUCUAA